UCAAAGUGGUAAGAGGAAGUAUUGCUCAGAAAGCUUAAAUCCGACAGCCUGUAUAGCCAGCCUCUCUGUCUCUGUGUCACCGUUCAGAUGAAGCUCCACCUAUCUGGCAACAACCUAACGUAUGCAAGCAAACCAGGAAGCAAAGUCAGUUAUUCCUCCGAGAGAAAAACAGAGUCUGCAUAUGGGAACCAGAUGAUAAGAUUCACCUUUUGGAUAAAAACACAACCUCAUCUUAUAACGGGACAUAUGAGGAACAAUGAAAGAUCACUUCUACCGGCUGCAGACACUGAAUUACAUCUUUUUCAAAACCACAAAUCAAAGUGAAAGUGACUGAUUCAUUUCCUGUUGUAUCGUCUAUCUGGUGAGUUUUCAGCUUCACUCAGAGCAAAGAUGUCUUCUCGUCCCGAAAAGGAUCUCUCCUGUCCCGUCUGCAAAAACAUUUUUAAAGAUCCUGUUUUCUUGUCAUGCACGCACAGCUUCUGUAAGACGUGUUUGAAGGACUGGUGGGAAGAGAAAAAAACUCAGGAAUGUCCGAUUUGUGAGAAAGUUUCUCCACAACAGGAUCCGCCCUGUAACCUGGCGUUAAAGAACCUGUGUGAGGCCUUUGUGCAGGAGAGAGAACGGAGAGCUUCUACGGGGUCCGAGUCUCUCUGCAGUCUGCACUCUGAGAAACUAAAGCUGUUCUGUCUGGAUCAUCAACAACCAAUAUGUGUCGUCUGUAGAGAUUCAAAAACGCACACUGAUCAUAAAUUCAGACCCAUCAAUGAAGCUGCACAGGAUCACAGAGAGGAGCUACUGAACACCUUGAAGCCUGUACAGGAGAAACUGAAGAUCUUUAAAGAAGUUAAAGGAAACUUUGAUGAAACAGCAGAACACAUUAAGGCCCAGGCUCAACACACUGAGAGCAAGAUUAAGGAGCAGUUUAAGAAGCUUCACCAGUUUCUACAAGAGGAAGAGGAGGCCAGGAUCAAAGCUCUGAGGGAGGAAGAGAAGCAGAAGAGUCAAAAGAUGAAGGUGAAUAUUGGUGCUCUGAUCAGAGAGAUAACAGCUCUUUCAGACACAAUCAGAGUCACAGAGAAGGAGCUGAAAGCUGAAGACGUCUCAUUCCUGCUCAACUACAAGGCUGCAGUGGAAAGAGUGCAGCAGCGCCCCCUGAUGGAUGAUCCACAGCUGGACUCUGGAGCUCUCAUAGAUGUGGCCAAACAUCUGGGCAACCUGACCUACAACAUCUGGAACAAGAUGAAGGAGAAGGUCUCCUACAGUCCUGUGAUUCUGGAUCCAAACACUGCUGAACCACACCUGGUCCUGUCUGAAGAUCUGACCAGUGUGAGACCAGAGCCAAAGCGUAAGGUUCCUGACAACCCAGAAAGAUUUAACUACUUUCCAAUCGUCCUCGGCUCUGAGGGCUUUAACUCAGGUACUCACAGCUGGGAUGUUGAAGUUGGAGACAGUACAGACUGGAAAGUUGGUGUGUUAACGGAGUCUGUCCAAAGGAAAGGAGAGACACAAUCUGGACUAUGGCGGUUAGGAUUGUAUAAAGGUGAAUACUCUGUGCGCUCGCUGCCAGAAUUUUCCACCGUUCUCUUUCUGAAGACGAAGCUCGAGAGGGUCAGAGUCUGUCUGGACUGGAACGGUGGGACGCUGUCGUUCUCGGAUCCUGACACUAACACAAACAUCCACACCUUCACACACACAUUCACUGAGAAGAUGUUUCCUUACUUCAGCAAUCUGAAUAAAGUUCCACUGAAGAUAUUACCUGGAACACUACCACGAUAGAUCAGGAGUUUAAGGUCAAAGCAAGAAAUAUGGACGGCUCCAGGAUGUCGUCGGUGAUUAAGUACAUAGCAUGUACACAUAUUUAGAUAACAAGAAUUUAUAAGGAUGGCAAGUUUUAGUUCUAUGUAUCUAAAAUGUAUUUACAUUGGUUUGUGAAUUUAACAAAUGCUGAAACUGCAAAAAUAACAAUUAUUUUGUUUUCCAAUAUCCACUCACUUGACUUAUUAAUAAGGUCUGUGUGCAUAAGUAAAUAUCUGCAAAUAUCAUCAGCAAAAAUCACCUCAUAGUAGUGUAGUGGCAAACCUUGAGGUAAUCAGUGUGAUGACUCGUGUAUUUGCAUUUCUAACUAAAUAAAUGUGUCUCAUCUAA